AUGCCGUCGUCCGUCAGUAUGGACCCCAGGAUGGCAAGACAGAGGGCCAUGAGCCAGACCCCUUCUCGCAUUUCUUACUCGCCGUCAAUUUCUCGCCAAGGCUGUGGCAGUCUGCCGUUGCAUCGUCAACAUUCACGGCGUACGCCGCUCCGGUGUGUCACUGAAAACACGACCAACUUUCUACGGUCGCCUGGAUCGCUGGAGAGCAUGCUCAAAACAACAACGGAAACGGGCGAUAUUGGCCUUUUCAGCAUUACGCCAACUAUACCUCCUGUAUCAGAGCCGGACUAUCAGCAACCAGGUCACGCAAGGUGGGUCUCAGCCGAUGCGGAUCUUCUCCAGGCCAGUCGUGCCCAGUAUCGAUUCAAAUCCAACUAUGAUGACCGCGACCGACUGCCCUCCGCAUACAGAGACACAACAUCGAGAACUCUGUCGCUGUGUGGGCGCAAUUUUCCCCGCUCAGAGACUGUGUCCCCGGAGAACCAAGUAGGUCACAGAACGUACUCGAUGCCGACUCGCAGUGCUCAGUACACGCCUUCACCAGGGCCACCCAUGCCAUUUCAAACAUAUGGUUUUGGCACAAACAGACACAGGUCCCGCUCGCCUUUUGUGUACCCAGCGCGUCUGAGACGGCCUGUUGCUUGGCAUUAUCCGCCAUCUGAGACCGAUGCUGCAUCUGUAGGCGACUCCCAGCAUUCCGACUCGGGCCGGGGCUACCAGCAGCAGGAUUGCGAUUCGGAGAGGCCAACCCACCCUCACAGUCGAAGACAAGGACCGCCCCUCUCACUCCGACUGGACAGUUACAACGCGACGGCCUCGCCGGCGGUUCACUCCUCCCCAGGACCCCUAUAUAGGACAGCAUCUUGCCCGCUUCGCUGCCGAACGCCAACGUCUGGUCAAGGAAGGUCUCGAGGGGCAAAAAGCAGAGACCGCAAUGCAUCCAACAAUGCCAAUACAAGAACGUGCAGCUUAACCUCUAUCGUCGAGAUGUAUGAUCAACAUUUGGUCGCGGAGCCAACGGAACCAGGCAAACAUCACGUGGAGCCUUUCUACUACCGCUACGGUGAAGGCUUUGAGAAUGCACAUGCUGAGUUGGAUUCACCGUCGUCUCCCAACACUGAACGGAUGGGGAGUUUAUGGCCACUGAUGAUCCCAGGGACUGAAGAUCAAGACAAUAAUCUUGGAGUCUCGAACAAUACUUCCGGCAUGCGCGAUGUUGAACAUGCCAACGCAAGUACUCAUGUACCUCGCUCGGGUGAGAUAAGCCCGCAAUCGAUGUCUACCAAAGGAAUCCAGGGAUUGCCCCUCUGGUCGGAGGAAGCCGCUGCAAAUGUUGACUUGGAUAUUUUCUCUACGCACGUUCCCGAAGAAUCUACGACCAGCAUGUCAUGCACUGUAGACAAGGGUGAAGGUUCUCCCCUAUUGGAAGGUCGACACACGGUCGAGUCAGACGAUGAGGAGGAGACGGCCCAGCAGAAGAUUGAGCCCGCCGAAAUCGAGACGCCCCUAGACCAACACACCACGAGUGGAUGGCCUCAGUACAGAUUUGAGGAGCUCCGAUGCUCGCUGGAUCUCGAUUUCAGUGCAUUUGAAAUCUAUUCCAACGGCGAAAAUCACCGCAAUGAAUCUUCUAUUGUGGCGUAUGGGGAUCGCCCCAACAACGGCCAAUCAGCCUUGGAGAAGAUGUGUCACGAUGCUGCCGGGGACGCAGAGGAUCAGACUAACGCCGUGUACCAACGACAUCGACGUAGAAAUGCCGUAACGAGAAUCAGCACAUCGAGAAUCGAGAAAGAUGUCGUCUCAGCGCUGUCAAAGCCAGAGGCCUCGCCCCGGGACUCGCAGCCAUACUCAGUGCUGCCUGCCAGCGCUUUGCAACCCAAAAUCAGCAAUCAGGAGCUUGUGAAGACGUUUCCGCCUCUGCCAGUGGAGGUCCAGCAAAGCGAGAAGGAAGACCUGAAAGCACCGGCUCAAGCACCGAAGGGUGGCCCUCUGCUCAGCGGCGAGACAAGAUCAAAAUUGAGACUGCGAAACAAAGCUAUUGACAGCAUGUCAUCAGCUAGUAUUGUUGACGAACCCGAGGCUUUGAAGCGCAGCUCAGAAGCCAAAGACGAUCCACAAUCACCAAAGAAGUUCAGAGUCAAAGUCUCUCAACACCAUGAACGGGGUUGGAACUCUUUCAACCGUGAUGGCACGGUGGUUCGCAGUCCUUCACUGAAGCGAUGCAACUCCCUUGCCGAACUAGAAUACUGCGCCAAGAAGGACAUUUUCACGAGUCACUGUCGGCUGGAGCAGGCUUUCGGAGAUGGUGAAAAUGGGUUGACUCGCUCGAAUCCGGGUGUAUUGCAUAAGAAAAUGGUUGAAUCCUCCACCACCCAGGCCUCGGGUCCUGACCUGGAUGCCGAGAAAGAAAAAUCACCUUCAACAGUCGGGGUUGCACCUACGAAGCAACGUCAGCAAGCCCUGUCUUCUUGCCCAAAGCUGAAAAGUCGUGGCCAUCGUGGACUCCGUAAUAGGCUCUCUUUUUGGAGACUACGAAGCGGUGGCGCACCGGUAGGCUCGUCCUCGCCAAUGCACAUCGAAGAUACCACCGUGCCCGUCUUCGCCUCCCCGGAUGCUAUACAUAGGCCUCCAUUGAGGAUCUCAAGGCAGAAGUCCAGAUGGAUCAAGAGAUGGGCCACCAAGGCCUUUCGUCUAUGCACGAGGAAGAGACUGUCCGACGGAUUGGGUGAAGAGGCCUAG